AUGCCAUCUUUGGAAUUACUUCCAAAACUUGAUAAGAAGAAAUUCAAGAUCUCAACAAAAAAUCUGUCUUUAUUGGGGCUUUUUCAACCUCCUUCUCUCAACAAUAAUAAUAAUAAUAAUAAUAAUAAUAAUAAUAAUAAUAAUAAUAAUAAUAAUAAUAAUAAUAAUAAUAAUAAUAAAAGCAAUAACAACAACAACAACAUAGAUUUAACACCCCUUUAUACUUCUACUAAAAAGACCUCAUUUGUAGAAAUAUUCAACAUGUCACAACCAAUUACAAAACCAUCGGCUCCGACAACAACAACAGCUUCUUCUUCUUUAUCGUCUGGUGGUCGACCAUUACCACAAACACCACCAAUACAACCAUCUAAUAGCUCUGGUAAUUUAAAGGCCAAUCUAGAAAAUAACAAUGCUGCGAACAACACUUCCUCUUCCUCCUCAUCAUCACCUUCAUUGAAUAGUAGUGGAGGCAAUUUAUUAGCACCCAAAUCACCACCACCAUUAAAGCCCCGUGCCUUUUCAAAGCCACCACCAGCUUCAAACACCACCACCACCACUACAACACCACCAGUAGCCGCUACUCCAAUACCUGUACAACCUAUAAAUACGACUACUUCCAACUCUUCUGCUGCUGCUGCUGCCGCCGCUGCCGCUGCCAAAGCAACACCACCAGCAGUUCCAAAGAGAGACUAUAAUGCACCACCAACAGGACCACCACCACAACCCAACAAUACUAAUAAUACUACUACUACUACUACUAAUAAUAAUAAUAAUACAACUGCACCAACAAGUACUCCAUCAACACCAACCCAAACAGUACCAAGAGCUACACCUACAACACCACCACUUCAACCGUUGACCAGUCCAUUAUCAUCAUCUGCUCCAACCCUAAAACCACCUGUACUACCACCAUCUACACCAAAUACGAGUAUGUCUAAUAUUUCCAGUGCCAUGUCUUCAUCGCCAGCUCCUCACAGUCCGAUAUCACCAGAGAAGAAAAGAAAUUCAUUGGAAUCAACACCCACUUCGUCUAUAACUUUUGAGAAGCAAUCAAUUGACAAUACCAACAACAACAAUAACAACAGCAACAGUAAUAAUAAUAAUACUAGUACUGGAGGAUUAUCAAAUGCACUCAAAGAACAUAAUAGUCAACAAAACCUUAACCUUGAAGAUGAUGAAAGAGAACAUGGUGAUGAUAGAAAGAGUAUAUUUAAAAAGUUCCCACAUCAAUGGGCUAUUGGCAAACCAGACAAAAAGGAGGAAAAGGAAAGAAAGGAAAACGAAAAGAAAGAGGAAAGAGAGAGAAAAGAGAUUGAAAAAAAGGAAAAAAAGGAGAGAAAGGAAAGAGAAAAGGCAGAAAAGAAAGACAAGGAAAAGGAAAAGGAAAAAGAAAAGGAAAAGGAAAAAGAUACCAAAGACAGAAUAUUGUCGAGAACCUCCUCAUCUAUUGCCACCAAAUUAAAGAAUGCCACUCUUCCAAGACCACCCAAAGAAGAUCAUGGUGACUCUUCAACUUCAUCAUCCACUUCUACCUCUUCCAACCACUCUACUCCCAAUACCUCAUCACCUGUCAUUGGAAGUGCAGCUGCCGGAAGCUCACUCUCACUUUACAACAAGAACCAUGUAUUGGAUACACCACCAAUGACCGCCAUGUCUGGAACAUCAUCGUCUGGUGACAAUACUUUACUUUCUUCAUCACCACAGUUGACCGGUGUCAAUAGCAACGAUAGUUCACGUUCAGCCACUCAACUAGACACACAAAGAGGUAUUAUGACCUGGGGUAGUUCUUCCAACUGUAAAUUGGGUUUCAAAACCGAAGGAAGAGAACAAUCCCAAGCCACUCCAGAACGUCUACCAAACUUUAAUAUCCCUGAAAUAUGUUCCAUCUCUUGUGGCAGUUAUUAUAGUGCUGCAUUGACAGAGAAUGGUGAUGUUUACAUGUGGGGUAGAGGUAGUGUAAAGAAUCCACCACUUUCUACUCUUGGUAAUGGUAGUCUUGAAGAUCAAUUAUUACCAACCAAAGUUGAAUCAUUAUCAGAAGUUGUAUUGGUAUCAAUUGGUUAUUAUCAUUCAGCAGCUUUAAAAUCAAAUGGUGAACUUUUAACUUGGGGAUGUGGUGAAGAUGGUCAAUUGGGUCAUGGUGAUGUUUUAAAUCAAACCAUACCAAAAGUAGUCCAAACAAUGACCAGUCACUGGGUAACUCAAGUUCAAUGUGGUGAAAAACAUACCAUUUGUUUAACUAAAAAUGGUAAAGUAUUUACAUGGGGAACAUCAGAAUAUGGACAAUUAGGUUUAGGUGAUACCCAAAAGAAUUGUACACCAAUGUUAGUUACUUCAUUGGAGAAAUACAAUAUUAUUCAAAUUGCAUGUGGCAGUACUCAUUGUGCAGUAUUGACCAAUGCAAGAGAGGUGUUGGUAUUUGGUAAUGGAGCUGCCAUGGGUAGUGCCAACAUUAUCAGUGUUCCAAUGAUGGUGCCAGCAUUGAAACAUUUAAAUAUCGAACGUUUAUCAUGUGGCCAUUAUUCAACUGCUGCAUUGACUGAAUGUGGUGAUGUAUAUACAUGGGGUAGCGGACAAGAAUUGGGACACGGAACCAAUCAAUCAGAGUUGCACCCCAAGUUGGUGGAUGGAUUGAGAUCACAGUCGAUUCGUCAAAUCAGUUGCGGAGGUCGUCAUAUGGCCUUUUUGACAGAUUCUGGAAAGAUUUACACCUGUGGCAAGGAUCCAUUUGGACAAUUGGGACACGCCCAAGGAGACCAAAACAAACCCAAAAAGAUUGACUCUCUUUUAAAGACAACCUUUAUCUCUGUCUCUUGUGGUGAGAAUCACAAUGCCUCACUCUUUGACACUACUCGUUCCUUUAGAGACAAGUUUUGUUGGAAGUUGAUCGAAACCCAACGUACCUAUGUCCGUUCACUCAAUAUUAUCAGAUCGAUUUUCCUCAACCCAUUGCUCGUCAGAGAUCGUGAACAAUUGCCAGAGAAUAUGAAACACUUGCCAUACAUCUUUUUAUCGGAAGAAGAGAUUCGUACCAUCUUUAAUGUCAUUGAAAAGAUCUACCACAGCAACAGCAACACACUUCAUCUGAUGAACAAUCGUCUCAACCUUUGGAGUAACAACAAGAAAAAGAUUGGUGACAUUCUCUUGAACCACUUCAAGUCUACCGACGGUGUCUUUAAUCAAUAUCUUGACAAACUUCCCUUCUCCAUCUACAUGUUGGACAAUAUGAUCAAGAAACAAAACUCACCCGUAUGCGCCUAUCUCAAGGAAUGUGAAAGAUUGGCAAUGGAACGUAAAAAGGUUGAAACUGAUGAUGACUAUAAAGAGUUUAAUCUCCGUGCCCUUCUCAUUGAACCAUUACUCGUUGUUCCACGUUACCAAAAGAACAUUAGUGGCAUGGUAAAGUACACUAAAAACACACACAUUGACUAUCAAGGUUUGGUCGAUCUCGAAAACCUCCUCGAAGAAAAGAAUGCCAAAUGUCAAAACAUUCUCAAUCUCAUCAACAAUCCAAGCAUGCUCAACUCCUACAUCACUUCACAAGCCAAUCUCCCAUCUGCCAGUGAUGACUCUUCAUCCUAUCUCAAAGAGUAUGAUAACAAGAUUGAAGCACUCAGAAACUUUAACAAGACCUGUCAAAAGUUGAAUAAGUCGUCCAAGAAAUACUAUGAAGUAGAACCAGAAUCCUUCAAGGAACAAGGUCACUUUUCAGAGUAUUUGGUGUUGGCCAAACUAUCGUUUGAAGGAACCGUCGACACUUCGCUCUCCAACAGUCUCGAUCAUUUUUCAAAUGCCAUCAAAAAGAUUGGUUAUCUGCGUUCUGAAUUGUCAACAAGAACCAAUAGCGCCUUUUCCCAACCAAUGGCCAAUGUAUCAGAGGAUCUAGAAGGUUUCAUCCCACUCAUCAUUGAAAUGCGUAAACGUGUCUUUGAAGCACACACUGAAUAUGAAAGUGCUGUCUCUAAACUCUACUCUAUGGCCAAGAAUCUCCAACCAACCGACAAAAAGAUGGUAGACGCCGAGAGAGAUGUUUCAAACCUCAAAAAGACUCUAGACAAGACUGCCUUUGAAUUUGAUGCCAUUUUCAAGGAAGGUGUCCAAAUUCAAAACCGAUCACUCAAACUAUUCUAUGCUUGUAUGAAGGCACAACAAGAAUACUUUGAAAGAGGUCUUCAAAGAUUCCAAGCCAUGAAGUCUUCAUUUGACUCGUUAGACUCUCAUUUCCGUCAACAAAGUCGUACACAAUGGUCCAAGACCAUCUCUGAAACUGUCGUAUCCACCUUUUCAACUGGAGGUAGUAACAGUAGCAUAUCUUCUACCGGUUCGUCAAAGCAAGGUGGAGGUCCACAAAAUUUACAUCAAGAAUCUGCUUCAUCUUCAUUUAUGUCUCCCAAUGCUAUUGGUGAGGUUGCAACUGGUAGUCCAGCUCAACCAUCAGUUCUAUUGCCAGAUGGUAAUGGUAUCGAUACUGCUGGUGCUUCAUCUGCCUCUCAAGUAAACGUUCAAAAGAAGGACAUUGAUCCACACCAAAUCAUGUUGGAAUUGGAACAAUCCGAUUGGUCCUUUAUUUUGGAUCCACCCACUGCCAAUGAAUUUACCGAGACCUUUUUGGAGGAACAAUACAACAAUCUGGUAGAACUAUUGGCCAGUCCAUCACUCCAAGUCGUUCAAUGUGUCGUUUCACCGUGUCAACAAGAUGAACAAUCUAGAAUGAUCGAUUCAAUUGCCAGAAUAUUUGACAGUUUCAACAAGAUACGUCCAAUCAUUCACACUGGUAUCGAAGCUGAAGUAACAACAACAGCCAAUCCAUCUACCCUUUUCCGUAGCAAUACCACUGCCACCAAACUCAUGACAGCCUUUACCAAGAUGAAAGGUAUGCCAUAUCUCAUCAAGGUCAUUACACCAUUGGUACGCGAGAUUAUCGAUAAUCCUGCCGGCUACGAAGUCGAUCCAAGCAAGAUUAAUGAAGGUAGUGAAGAAUUGAUGACCAAUAUGAUGAAUCUUAUUCAAAUGUCUGAAAAAUUCACAGACGUUAUCAUUGACUCUCUUCAUCAAUUGCCCAUGUCGUUGCGUGAGAUUAGCAAAUAUCUGCAACAAGAAGUUGUCAAGCGAUUCCCAGACAAUAAGCACUCUUCAGUUGGUGGAUUUAUCUUUUUACGUUUCCUUUGUCCCGCUAUCAUCGGUCCAUUCACAGCAGGUCUUGUCGACGAACAACCGGGACCAGAAGCCACAAGAGCACUCGUUCUCAUUGGAAAGGUACUUCAAAAUCUUGCCAAUGGCAUAGAGUUUGGUCAAAAGGAAUCAUUUAUGAUCCCUGUCAAUCGUUUUAUUAUUGGUAAUAUCGGUCGUCUCAAUGAAUAUUUCGAUAAACUAACCGAUGUACCCGACUAUAAGGGAGACUAUGUACCAUUAUCCUCUCGUGAAGAGGUUCAAAAGGAUAUCAGAAACAUUCAUGUUUUGAUUGUAAAGAACCUUUCAAAGGUUGUCAAACAAUUGGCUCUCUACAGACAAAAAGAAAAUAUUGGCCAACUCGCAAAAAUUCUUGUAUAUCUUGGUGAUACUGCUUCAAUGUACAAAUAG